UUAAAUUUCAGAAAUUUAGACCAUUUUAAUUUUUAAUUGUAUUUUAUAUGUGUUUUAAAAUGGAUUUUUUAUUAUUUUCUUUGUAAAAUUUAAGAUUUAUUAAUUUGGAAUAGAUCUAAAGGACAGUCUGUACUUGCUGUACUUUUUAGUACUUAUUGCAUCUUGGGUUAGUACAGAGCCAAAGUGCGCUAAAAAAUAAUGAAAAUAAUCGUUAACAAUAAAAUAAUUCGUUCCAUGAUCCAUUUUAGAUGGAUUUUAGUAUAAUAGUUGAGGGCACUCCUCAUGACAAAGAUAAUGUAGCUCCGUUGAAAAAAAAAUUUUCAUUCCACUCCGUACUGAAUAAGCUUCUGUUCUUUUUAUUAGGUUCUUCAGUAACUUGUUUGGGAACUACAGGAAGAUUAACUUCGAAAGCUUUUGGAACAAACGUUUUUAUUUCAGAUUGCUUCUCAGUGUACAUAUAUUUAAAUUUGGUCGCAUUUCUGGUGGUUUUAUUGUUCAUUGAGUGUAGUUACAAGAAGGCGAUAGUAUCAGGAUGGCUGUGUUUCACGUUACACGUUUCCUACCUCUUCAUUAUUGUGUUUAGUUCAGGGAAUUUAGCCAAAAAUCUUUACAUAUCAGUUUAUGCAGGAAUCGCAAUUCUAGAGGCCUUCGUAAUCCAGUCCAAUUCAUUCGUGGUUUCAAAGUAUUAUUCAUCUUCUUUAUUCUCAAAUUUAUACGCUGGCUACUACGGAGGUCUUGGUAUUUUCUCUCUCAUUCAGACUCUUUUCCAAAAAGUUGUUGGGACUGACACCCCUAAAGAAGCAAAGAUCUGUCUUUUUUUAACCCAUGGAUUCUUUUCUAUAAUUAUCUUUUGUGCAGUUUUGGCACAGUCAAUUGUUUACGUCAACACCCCUGUUGAAGUAUCCCCUACUUAUGGUUCAAUUAGGACAUCAUGCGUUAAAAAGCUCAAGGGCAUGUAUAGGAUAUUUCUUUCCUUACCAAAGUACAGUUCUAGAUUUCUGGUUUUCACAUUGUCAGAUUUAUGCAAAUGCGCAUUCUUUCAAGUGUUUAUUCCUUACAGGAUGCUUUUAAAUGACACUCAGCUGAUUGUAGUUUUCUUCAUCGACAACAUCUCAGAUAUUAUUGGAAGAUCCAUUGCAAGCUCAACUAACGACACGGUUGUUGCACGCGGGAAUGUGACAAAUCAUCAGAAGUUGCUAUACAAAAGAGAUAUACCGUAUCUGUUAAUACCAUCUUUUUCAUGGAUAAUUUGUUUCUUUGUCGUAUGGGGAACUUGGACUUUAAAAUCUAGGUUUCUUACUGAGUUCUUGACCAUUAUGUUCACCACACUUAUCGUUUGCUUCUCUAUGGGUUACUGCUCAACUAAAGGUAUGAACGGUUGCAUUCCGGUUCUUGAAUAUUACAAUAAUUUUGGAAAUGACGCAAACAGGAGGUUCAUUGAUGAGAAGAAUUACAGUUAUGUGAAUGACUUGAACACCUUUUUAAUCAAGUUUCUCUGGAUGGUAGUUUUUAUCGUAGUUUAUUUCUUGGCUCAAAUUAUGGAACGACACCAAGCAACCGAUUAUUAUCAACAUCUGAAGACUUUAAUAUAUAAUUGAGAUAAUUUAUUAGAUUAAUUUA